AACAAGUCAUCGGACCUGUCAAUCAUCCGGUCGGCGCCCUUUGAUGUCGGGACUCUUCGCCUUGUCUUGGGCUCAAAUGAGCUGUUUGCUGUUGUAGGGAAACAUUAGUCCUCUACCAACCAACCAGCCGGGGACAUCUCAACUUUUUUCCUGCGUGUGGUGGGGGUUUCUACACUUUGGAGGCGCCCCAGACUGAGGAGUUUUAACAGACAAAGUCCCUUAAUUCUUUUCUUUAUUUAUACUUUUUUGUUGUUGUUCUUUUUAAGUGUAUACUAUCGCAAAGGAGGUGGGAGAAGAAGACAUGCCUCAGCUCAGCAGCGGCGGCGGGGACGACCUGGGAGCGAAUGAUGAGAUGAUAGCGUUUAAAGACGAAGGGGAGCAAGAGGAGAAAAUCCAAGAAAACGCGUUCACGGAGAGAGACCUGGCCGACCUCAAGUCCUCUCUGGUGAACGAGUCGGAAAUAAAUCAAAGUCCGAACGCAGCGGCGGUCAGACGGGGACAGCAGGGCGAACAGAGGGGCUUCCCAGAAAAACACCGGGUGCAUCAUGACGGAGUGUCAAAGCAUCAAGAUGGAGGCAUGUACAAGACGCCGGCGUAUCCAGGGUAUCCGUUCCUGAUGCUGCCUGACCCCUACCUCCCCAACAGCUCUGUUUCUCCAUCUUCCAACAAAGUGUCGGUGGUGCAGCAGUCUCACGGGAUGCAUCCGCUGACGUCCCUCCUGCCCUACAGCAACGAGCACUUCAGCCCAAGUCCUCCACACCUGCCCACAGACAUGAGCCAGAAGACAGGCGUUCACAGGCACCAGUCCCAGGACCUCUCGGGGUAUUACUCUCUCCCUCCAGGCGGCGUCGGCCAGAUCACUCCCUCCAUGGGCUGGCAGAGCCAGCCAGUCUAUCCUGCCCUGUCCCCCUGUGGAUUCAGGCAGCCCUACUCCUCCAACCUCUCCAGCGCCGCCUCCUACUCCAGGUAUCGUAGCCUGCUGGUCGGACCAAGCCAGACCGAGCCAAGAAAGUUCCCUCACUCUCUGAUGCUAGGCCCAUCAGGCAUGCAUCCUACAGGGAUCCCCCACCCAGCCAUAGUGCCCCCUACAGGAAAACAAGAGCACGAUCAGUAUGACAGGGGCAUGUAUGUGAAGCCGCAUAUGGAGGCCAAGCGGGAGAAGGAGCCCAAGAAGCCGGUCAUCAAGAAACCCCUGAACGCCUUCAUGCUCUACAUGAAGGAGAUGAGGGCGAAGGUCAUCGCAGAGUGCACAUUAAAAGAGAGCGCCGCCAUCAACCAGAUUCUGGGACGACGGUGGCAUGCACUGACCCGGGAGGAACAGGCCAAGUACUACGAGUUGGCGAGGAAAGAGAGACAACUCCACAUGCAACUCUACCCGACCUGGUCUGCCAGAGACAAUUACGAGGCGGGCCUUAGCGGGGUCGCAGGGGAAAAGAGUAAAGCUGAUUGGGGCAAAAAGAAGAGGAGAAAAAGGGAGAAGCUGCAGGACUCCAAUACAGACCCGGGCUCUCCUAAGAAAUGCCGGGCUCGCUUCGGCCUCAACCAACAAACGGACUGGUGCGGUCCUUGCAGGAGGAAAAAGAAGUGCAUUCGCUACCUUCAAGGAGGAGGCUGCCCCAGCCCAACUUCUUCAGAUUUAAGUGCUAUAGACUCUCCCCCGUCCCCCGCCCGCCACCGUCUCUACCAGCACCAGCUCCCCCCCUCCCCGGGCUGCUCCCCACCCACCUCACCAUCAACACACCUCCCCUUGUCUCCGCCAGCACACACACGCUCACACACGCGCUUACCCCUGCAGCAGUCUGCCGGCAAGCGCAGCGACCUCCGUCAGCCCGCAACCAAACACGCCCACACACACCUGGAACUGACGGGCAAGCAGACGCACAGCUCGACGACGGCGCUGUCGGCCGCCAAGGCCGCAGGACUCUCUCUCAAAGUGCUAACAGAGUCACCGUGAUCACUCUGGUCCGCUCACAUCCCUGACCCCAUGAAGUCCAUCUUCCUCACCUGCCAUCAUUCUCAUAUUAUCCAUAACCUGCGGUCCUUUUUUUUUUGGCGGGAUUUAAACUAAAUUAGGAGUGACUGAGUGUGGCAGGGUGGUGUAGUGAGGAAAGGGGAGCCAUCCUUCACCCUCCGGUGACAGCCUGCAUCCGUCCUGCUCGAUUGCCCCAGAGUACGAUACUAGCUGUGUCUCAGUUCAGAGGCUGGAUCCUCCAAAGUCUGUGUUUCUAGACAGAACACAUAAAUAAACAGGUCAAUGAGGCCUAUUCCUCCUCAAAGCCCCCUUCAAUUGGUCAAUUAUUUAAACAAGCAUUCAGGCAACCCUUGUCAGCCUGAAAGUCUGGAAAUAUUUGGCAGAUGUAUGGUUCAUCAAUCGCUGGUAAAUUGUUACCAGCCUGCACAUGUUAAUAAGGUUAGUACUAACCAAUAACCAUACAGUAACCCUACUGUAAAUUUGUGACUUCUGGUCACGAACCUAAUUGUUGACGAGGAACACGUGAGUGUAGCGGAGUCUGUGAGGCUUUACUGUGUCCUUUGGAAGAGAAGCCUCUGUCAGGUGGUCCACUGAACGAUCCGCUUUUGGAGCCACACCCUUGGGAGGAUCCAGCCCCUGAAUUGGUGAUAGAACCCCCGCCAUUCACCAAGAGUUCCAGCUAUACCUGCGCUGAAGGUAGAAUUAAUCUGGAGCCUAACGAUCCGUGGUUCUUUGGCUCCAUCUGCUGCAGUUCAACUCAACUAAAGCAAUUAGUUUUGCCACGAGGACAGCUCUGCCUCCUGAGAAACAAUUUUACAAGUAAAACUCCCAAGCUUCUCUUUUUUUUUUUUUUUUUUUUUUGUCUUAAACCGGCCCUGUGCUUUGACCUCCAUGACAAUCAAACAAAAUGUAUUGUAAAUGAGCUCUUUGUUAAAUGAACCACAUCAACACUGACUCUUCUUCAGUGUUGUUACAUAUACACUUUUCUCCAAAUGUAGGGAUUUACAUCCACCAAUAUCACUCAGACCAAACCAGAGGGGAGCAGAGACCAACAACCAGCCAGCCUGACCAGCGGAACCUCGCCUUUAAAGAGUUUUUAUUUUUUUUAGCUGCCAUUUUGUCAACAGUACAACUUCCGUUUCAUUCCAUUUCUAAAUGUUUUUACAACUACCUGCGUGCAGCCCUCAGACAAAGAAAGAAACACAUUUUCAGCAGGUAAAAAAAAAAAAUGUCUAACCAGUCUCAUACAUGACAAGAGUCUCCCCAACUGCAAGUUACGUUAUUUCUUUUAGGCACUUUCAGUCUCUCACUAGAUCAGCUGUUACAUUUUUGUAGUUUUCUCCAAAAAAAAAUCUUUUGUGACUUUUCAGAUGUUUCGCUGGAUGAAACCCUCAAAGAUGAGGGGUUUUUGUUUUCCUCUUGGCCGUUUUCCUUUGAACAUUUUGUAGCUCCAUGAACUAAUCUGAGACCAAAUGGGUACUAUUAUGUUGCAUUGUGUUGUAAAGUUUUAUAAAUGUUGGAAUUCCCUAUUAUAAUUAAACUUUUAUAUGUUUUAUGUAAAAAAAAAAACAAAAAAAAAAAUUAAGUGUAAUACCUAAAAAAAGUUAGUUUCUACAAUUUCUUAAAGCAAUACAUUGUGUUUGUCCUCGUACAGAAUUUUACUUUGUUUCAGUCGAGUGUUACUGCCGCAGCGUUCAAAUAUUUUGUGUUCUCAAUCUGUGCAUGUUCCAACUUCAGUGUAACAAUUGAUUAAAAAGGCUUUAAUUUACCGUUCUGCUUCCAGCUUCAAACUCAGCUUACAAUACUGUGGGCAAACUGUAAACUGAUCUUUUGUACAGCAAACCUGUUUUCCUCCAGCAGAGAGAGCUCUUGUGCUAGAAAUAGCUUGUUUUAUUUUGAGGAUGUUCACAUCAGUAGUGGGAGCAUCUUGGAGAUGUCUUUGUAUUUUUAACGCCUCAAAACGUAUUCCUUGUUUUUGUUUGAUGUAUUAAAAGUGUUUUGAAUAUA